AUGACACUCCUCAGCAACGUCAGCUCGCCUCUCAUCCAAGAGGCACUGUCCCAGCCGAUGUCCAUUUUGGACCUCUUCCUUCCUGGUUUCUCAAACAUCACCAAUGCUGCCAGUCAGGUCCUGAAUGGCAACAUGUCUGGCUACACCCAGCUAAUGUGCCUCUUUGCACUGGCUGCGUUGUUGAAACCAUAUGUAUUUCGAUUCAUAGAUUGGUUCAUUGAUCACUUCAGACCCGGGCUCACCUCUACAAGCAUCGACUCUCCGGAUCAAACGCUAUGA